AUGGGCAAACAGAGGCCAAGUGUCCAGUGUCUCAGCGACACAGAUCUAGUGGCAAAGAAUGGCAAAAUUAAAAGGAACUGUGUUGUGCCUUCUUCUCAGCAACUCGGCGGGGACUGGUUGGCGGCGGCCAUAUGGUGCCAGCUGCUGAUUGUUGCUGAGGCAUCUCAGGAAAUAUGUUUAAAGAUGAAAAGGGUUUGGGAAGCUGCAGAAGUAACAUAUUGCUGUGCAUGUUAUGAUUUUGCUUCCUGGCCAACAGUUUUUACAGAAGCAUUAUUACUGCUAAACAUGUUGAGAAAUUCUCACUGCAACUUGCAGCUGAUUGUUGCUGAGGCAUCUCAGGAAAUAUGUUUAAAGAUGAAAAGGGUUUGGGAAGCUGCAGAAGUAACAUAUUGCUGUGCAUGGUGCAUUGAAAAGACCCAUGCCAUCAAACUUCCCUGA